CUGCCGCCGGCGGGCCGGGCCCUGGAGGGGCAGCGGGCGCGGCAGCGCGAGCAGGCGGCGCGCAGCCGCCUGCAGUGGGAGCGGGCCAGCCGCUACUUCGCCCACGCCGGGCUCUGCAGCGCCAAGCAGGCCCAGUGGAGCUCGCCGCGCGGCCUCCCGCUGAGCGCGGAGGCGGCGCGGCGGGAGGCGGCGGCGGCGGCGGCGCGGCUGGAGCAGCGGCGCGCUCGGCUGCGGCGGCUGCUGGGCGAGGAGCGGGAGGCGCUGGCGGCCGAGCUGCGGGAGCUGCGGCGCGGCCGGGCGCCGGGCCCCGCCGGCAUGCGGCAGCGGAGCGAGGAGCUGCGGGCGGCCCGGGAGCAGCGGCGGCGGCAGGUUGCUGAGGAGCUGCUGUAUGAACACUGGAGGAGGAACAAUGCUGAACUCCAGGAGAUUGAGUCAGAGCUGCACAAGAAGCAUGUAAUAAACGCUUGGGGUGAUCAGCUAAUGCAGAAAAAGCAGCAAGAAGCAACUGAACGAGAAGAGAAAAAACGAUAUGAGAAUGAAUAUGAAAUUGCGCGGAGGGAAGCACUGGAAAGAAUGAGACAAGAGGAAGAAAAGCGUCGACUGGAAGAGAAGAAGCAAGCAGAGACGUUACUUCAACAAAUAAAAGAACUGAAAUUACAGGAGACAGAGGCAACAAAACUGAAGAAAGAACAAGAGAAUUUAAUAAAGCAGAAGUGGGAGCUGGAGAACUUAGAAGAAGAAAGGAAACAAAUGGAAGAGCACCGGAAGAAGAUAGAGCUUGGUCGCUUUUUGAGGCAUCAGUGUAACGCUCAAUUAAAAAGACGAGCCCAGCAGAUACAAGAGGAGCUGGAAACAGACAGGCAAAUUUUAUCAGCCCUCCUUGAGAAAGAAGAUGAGGAUCAGCGUCUCCAGUCUGCAAGACGAGAACGGGCUGUUGCAGAUGUUGCCUGGAUGAAACGUGUCAUUGAGGAACAACUCCAAUUAGAAAAGGAGAGAGAAGCAGAGCUGCAGAUUAUUUUUAGAGAAGAAGCUAAAAAAGUAUGGGAAAAGAGGGAAGAAGAAUGGGAAAGAGAAAAGAAGGCCAGAGAUCGUCUGAUGAGUGAGGUCCUUGCAGGCAGACAGCGCCAGAUCCAAGAAAAGAUGGAGUUAAACAGACGGGCUCAAGAAGAGUCUGUAAAGUAUCGAGAGCAACUGAUUAAAGAACUUGAGGAGGCCAAAGAACUGACUAGGCGAGAGAGAGAGCAAGAAGCGGAAUUAAAGACAGCUCGUAAACAGGAGCUGGAAGCGCAGCUGACAGAACGCCACUUACAAGAACAAGAAGAGCAGCAGCACCAGAGAGAGGAAGAAGAAGAAGAGAGAUUAAUAAAGCAGCACUGUGAGGAGUUAGUGCAGCAAGAGGCCAAGCGCAUGGCUGAGCAAGGAUAUCGCAACAGGCUCUACAGUCAUCCAAAAGCAGCAUGGACCUGAAGAUUCCUGUCCUUUAUACUUGAGGAAUGAGCACUAAAUGAAUUUGGAUACUGCAAAAAGAAAAUUUUGAAGAAUGAAGAAACUCCUUAUAUAAUGAUGGUUUUGGAAUAGUGUACAAUGACUCUAAGACUAAGUGGUGUAUAAAUAAGAUAUUUGAAAAUAAAGAUCAAAUUUCCUUUGGCUCCAA